GAGGGUCUCAGUAUCAAAGCGGCAAGUCUUGCGCGCUCGGGGCGCACGGGCCAACCUCGAGCGGAAACUAUCAACAUCAAAACAUGCAGUUCAAAUUAUUUAUAGUGAUGUGUGUGCUACACUUCUCCACCGCCGAGUAUUAUAAGACGAAGCCAAGUUUCGUGAAAACAUGCCUGAAAAGCGACCCUGAUUUCGAUGAGUGCUCAAGAGAUGCUGUUCAGAAACUUUUCAACGCCCUAGGACCAGGGCUCCCAGAGAUCGCAUUGCCACCACUAGACCCAUUAAAGAUUCCCAAAAUAAGAAUUCUCCAAGGCGAAGGUCCAGUCAACGUGAACGCUGCUCUCGAUGACGUCAUAGUAACCGGCUUCGGUCACACUGAAGUUCUGCUUAGCAAAGUUGACGGCAAAACGUACGACUUCUACACAAAAGUAAGAGUGCCAAAAAUGAGGAUAGAGGGAACUUAUGAUUUAAGAGGCAAAAUUUUACUUAUUCCCUUGGUCGGUCGUGGAGUGUGCUGGUUUGAGCCAACUAACAUGACAAUCGACAUCGUGAGCGAUGUUAAACUGUACGAAAAAGACGGAUUUACAUUUUUCAACGUAACCGCAGCACAUGUUAAAUAUUCCAUCGGUGGCUUGAAAUUACGUAUGAACAAUUUGUUUGAUGGAAUCAAAUCACUGGAGGAUAGCACGAACGCUUAUUUAAACGAAAAUUGGAGACCAGUAGCUGAAUCUCUACGGCCAAUACUCUCUAAAACUAUCGAAGACAUCUUAUUGGGUUUCAUGCAGCGACUGUUCCACAAUUUACCAGGCGAUUAUCUGAUAGGAGAUGUAAAGAGCAACUCUGUUAGCAAAAGAAGCGAUAAAAAAGCUUAGCUCUUCUUCAUUAUUGAUGAUAAAAUGAUUAAGUUUUCCAAGCACAUUGAAAUGUUCGCAUUGUGCACGAAGAAAUGAACGUGGAGUUCCUUUACGUACUUGAGUUGAAAGGUUUUUAUGAGCUCCGUAUUUGCAAUAAUACCUUGAAUUCCUGAAAUUCAUGUCAGAAGGAGAUCAAGAGGUAUAACAUAUUAAUUUAAAUUUGAAUUUAAGGUUUUUGUUUCAUAAUUUUUAUUUUUAUUCCGAGCUUUAUCGACUGAUGGUGAAUGUACGGACAACGGCACAUCAGACUACACAGAUUUUUGUUCUAAAAUCGCCUCCAUUGCAACUUAACAAGAUACGUCAAUGUGUAGCUUGAUGUGCUGGCGUGAGAAGUAAAAUUUUGUCAUUUCCAUGUUAAAUUAUUUCUAUGCCAGGUGAUUGUUAAAACGAUACCAAAAUUUUGAUCAAGUUACCGCUCAUUUAAAAUGUUAAUUCAGUUAAAUGAUUUUUAAAAUCUUAAUUUACUAGUUAAGCGUAGCUUAGAAUAAUUAAAAAUUUUUUUGAAACCUUACUGACGUAAAUCUUAUGAAAUUAUGUAUUUUCUGUUAUUCUAUUUUGACUGAUCUGUUUACUCUACCUACUUAGCUACAUUUAUGUAAUAUUAUUUUGUAUUUAAGGUUACAAUUAAAGAGUGAUUCUUUCUUUAUUUGUUUUAA